CACCGAGUGAGAGAGGCACACAGCCAUAAAGAAAAGACAGAGAUCAGAGGAGGGCAAAAGUGAAAAAGUGGAGGUAGAGCCAAGAGGAAAUAAAGGACAUGUGACAUGGAUUACUUUACAGGAACUACCUGAACAGGCAAAUUUCUGUGUUAUAUGGGAGCAGAAAACAAGACAAAUACCUGCGGAGAUGGGAAGCACAGCCCCCCCAGUGUACUUCAAUGUGAGCGCCGAGAUGAUCAACUCAUCAUCAGUCCCGCCAGGGCAUGACGACGGCUACAGUGAGCCAAUAAUGAUUCUGCUGGGCAUGAUCAUGUCCCUACUCGUCCUGUGCAUUGUCUUCGGCAACAUCCUGGUCAUUACAGCAAUCGCCCGCUUUCAGCGUCUGCAAAAUGUCACCAACUGUUUCAUCACGUCCCUGGCCUGUGCUGACCUGGUCAUGGGUCUGAUCGUGGUUCCUUUUGGUGCCUGUUACAUCAUCUUUAAGACCUGGCAUUUUGGUAGUUUCUGGUGUGAGUUCUGGACUGCGACUGACGUGCUCUGUGUGACUGCGAGUAUCGAGACCCUGUGUGUCAUAGCCAUAGAUCGUUAUUUAGCCAUCACCUCUCCUUUCCGCUAUCAGUCCAUGCUGACUAAGUGCAAGGCUCGCAUUGUGGUUGUGCUGGUGUGGGUGAUUGCUGCUUUGAUAUCUUUCUUGCCCAUCCACAUGAAGUUGUGGACAUCAGAUGAUAAGGAAGCUACGGAAUGCUUCAAUGACAGUCAGUGCUGCGAGUUCUACACCAACAUGGCUUACGCCAUCACGUCCUCCAUAAUCUCCUUCUACAUCCCUUUGAUCAUCAUGGUUUUUGUCUACAGUCGUGUGUUCCAGGAGGCCAAACGACAGCUGAAGAAGAUCGACAAAAGUGUUGGGCGAUUUCACAACAGUGACAGCAGCACCACCAAAGCUGUGGAGGUCAACAAUGGGCGUGCCCAGAAGAAGGUUAAGUUUUGCCUGCGCGAACACAAAGCCCUAAAGACACUGGGCAUCAUCAUGGGGAUCUUCACUCUGUGCUGGCUCCCCUUUUUUCUGCUCAACGUGGUGGUGGCCAUAUGGAAGGUGGGAAACAUUGAACUCACCUUCAGGAUACUCAACUGGAUAGGGUACGCAAACUCUGCCUUCAACCCGCUCAUUUACUGCCGGAGUCCAGAGUUCAGGUAUGCCUUCAAAGAAAUCCUCUUCAUGAAGAGGAACCGCCUCAGCAGCUCGGGCCCUGUGAAUGGAUACAUCUUCAACAGGCACAGCUGGCAGAGCGAGCAGCAAGGCAGGAGUAAGGGCAGCUCGGAGGACAGUGAAGCCAAUGAAGCGUGUUUGGGGAAAGUCGCAGGGGUCUGUGGUGUUGUAGACACAGCAGUGGACCCUAAUGGAAAUUGCAGCAAAGGCCUAGCAACUGUUACGACUGUCCUCUAAACUUGAAUCAACAAGUUGGACCAGACAUGUUUACACUGUUUUUUGCCAGCUGACUUUCAAAGGUAAGGCCAGUCACACUGACUGGCAGAGAAUGUGGGGACUGCCUUAAAGAAACUGUCGUGAUGGACCAGAUUUUUUUUCCCUCUUCAGAUACUGUAGGAGCUCACUUUUCCUUUUGUUACAUUCAUUAUUUAGAUUUUACAUCUACCUCAUCACAUCUUCUAUUUUGUUUCUUUCUAAAACUCAAGGGCAGUUUCUCCUCUGUUUAUUUGCUCAACCAAAUGGUCUGUGGAAUAUAGAAUAGAUAAUUAUCUUACUCAAACUGAAGAGCUAGUCUAGUCUGUAAAAUCCCUUUGAGCAUGCUGAUCUGUCACGGAUAGUAGUACGUAGAUUAUAAUUGUUAAAAAAACAGUAGGGUGUUGAGAUUAAAAAGUAAUACCUCUUUUUUUAUUUAAAUACAUUCCGGUUCAAACUACAACCAUUUCUUUGCCUCAUUUACUUUCCAGGUGUGUUUUUUCAAUGGACGGUCCAGAAGAAGGUCAGAACCGGGUGUGGCAGAACUUCUGUCCUCACUCUUCAGCAAUGUAGUGAGGCCCUUCUCCAGACGCUGUGUCUUACAGCCUGUUGCAUGGGAGUUUCUGUUGCCAGCAGAUAAUACUAGACAUAUGGAUUCUCACAGUUAUCUCCCUGUAACUGAUGCACACUGAGAAACUGCUGAAUGUAUUCUUUCACGCCUUUUUAAAUAUUCACGACAGGGUACAAUUUGGUACAUUGUGUAAACUUUACAUAAGCGUAACCUUAAGUGUUUAGUGUACUUGUAGUGGCAUAAGUUGUUCCAAUUGCUGCACAAACCAUGCUUCUUCAUUUGCUGUGUUUCACAUCGUACAGUGUUAACUGAAACCAGAGAAGCUAUUUCCUUAGCUGUGGCAUAAAGGGUGCAAACCUCAAACAACAAUAAACAGCCUGUUGAAAUAGCCAAGUGAUAACAGAAUUCCAGCACAGUGGUGGUGACCAGUCAGGCCAAUAAACAGAGAUGAGGAAAAAAAAAAAAAGUGCACCUUUGUCACUGCUCCCUGAAAUUUCCCAGAGUCUCCUCACUGUAAACGGAUGUCUGGAUAUUUACCAUAUCAGUAAAACAUCUGAAUAAGAGACUCCACUAGAGGAUCCACUGAGCAGCGCCUCAGCUGCUCCAGUUGUUGCAGUCAGUCUCCUCUAGAUGUUUCUUGGUGUGCAGUCUCCAGGAAAUGCCCCCAAUCAAGCUGAGCCCAGCCCAGUAAACACAAAUAAAUCCAUGAUGUUUGCUGUUUAGCUGGACGAUCAGAUAAGUUGUGACUAAGGACAACACUGAUUUUCAGGUUGGGGUGAGACGGGUUUCUUAUCACCCGUCUUAAGACUCCUGGGAAGGUUACUCCCUGACCUCAGCAAGCAUGAAUGCACAAUGGACACUUAGCAGGCAUUAGAGCUUCAAUUUGGUGAAUUCAUUCCACCUUUUCUUGCACCAAAUGGCUUGAAGCAACAUGACUCUUAAGAGCAGCAGUGGAGGCUCUUGCUCCUCAACCCAGUCACUUUAGCAAUCUUCAGUAGCUUCAGUUCUGAUCAAAGUGGCAGCAUGCUAAAUGUGGCUCCUGAAGUGGGGGGAGCAGGGAUUCUGUGCCAGUCUAAAUCGGUGUUAGUGACCCGUCUUUUAGUGCAUGUGGUGUUACGUCUGGUGUAAUCAGCUGACACCGUCCAAACUGUGAACUUUGUCCCCUCUGAGGAAUCUAUAUAUACUGUAUCACUGUGAAGUCAGGGCUGCUGUCCCAGACCACAGGGAAAGACGUAAAUACCAAGUCAUCAUACGUCAGUGUUUGCCCUGUGAAAAAGAAGCUUUCCAGUUCUUUUUUUUUUUUUUAUGGAUUUACAGCAAAGUAAAUGCAGGGGUUGAAUGUCAGAGCACAUGUUAUCCAGCCCCAACCCUUUACUCACUUUACAGUAUCCACGAAGCACAAAACAGAUGCAGAUCCUAGACCAAUAGAUUUAAACUGACUGAAACACUGACAUUACAUUAAGGAUUCACUGGAUUUAAAGAGGUUUGUAUUUCAACCAUCUGUUUGUAAGAGCAGCUUGUGAGUGACAGUCUGCACGUCUGCUUUGUAUUCGUCGUGUUGUGUUUUGAAGAUUUUGGUGACAUUUUCCUUUCAAAGUGAUCCGUUUUUUACUUCAACUCUAUAUCCACACUGCUCCCUCCUGGCUGUGUGCUCACCUUACGUCUCAAAUGGUUAUUUCACCAUCGAUACAACUAUAUAAUGAGCAAUGUAAUACAUGUCUCCACCUCCCGAUGCUGGAGGACACAACAUAGUAAUGUCCUUAAUGAUUACACUACAACAUUCCAAUUCAAGGCCAUAUGGCAUGAUUACUGAUGCAUAUGAUGUACAGUUUUCAGAAAACAAAGUCGAGACACACAUUGAUUCUGACCGUCGUUCUGAUUUUAAAUGAAUUAUGGGUUACAGACCAGUCUUAAAAAAUAUUUCUGUUACGGAUCAACACGUUUUUUGACAGGUUUACUUUGGCUAAUGCUGUCCUCUCUGACACAGUCUACAAGGACAGCUCCCAUGUAAUCUAGAUAAGAUGUUUGACUUCACUAACAGGAGCGCGAUGUAGCACUUUGAUGAAAGCUUUGUAGAAUAUGUAAACAACUGAAUCCAUGUUUGAGUUUGGGAACUAAAAAUAAUGGCUGACGAGUUCAAACUUGUAACAUAACACGUUUGUGUGCAAGUUCCUUUUCCUGUUCGGACUCUAAAUGAAGGGUUGUGUGAAGCGGUCGCUGCGGCGGCAGACUGUCCUGUAUGUUAAUGUGAAACUUUAGCUGUCACAUGGAAAAUGAACCUGUUAUAUGUGAACUUCCUUCUGUGAGUGAGAGAGUCAUCACUCUGCUGAAUGUUUACUGAAUAUUUGCAAGCUAUUUUCGCACAAGUUUUCUCUUUUUUUUUUUUGUUCACUGUUUGUUGAGGUGAUGACGCCUCUUACUACAUGUUGUGUCCUGUGAUAUUUAUGAAAUAAACAAAAAAUGUACGUGCAGUAACAUUUGUGUUGAAAUAAAUGAUGUAUAUGUUGCAUUUA